AUGGAGGUUCGACGUCUCUUCCUCUCAGACAUGAUCAAACUGUUCAGCAACAGCCGCGAAAACCGACGAAACCCAGAGGAACAGAAGAUGAUGGAGAUGGUCUAUAGCCUCUUCAGGAUCCUGCUCUACCAUGCCAUCAAGUAUGAGUGGGGAGGUUGGAGGGUCUGGGUGGAUACACUCUCCAUCGCUCACUCCAAGGUAACAUACGAGGCCCAUAAGGAGUACCUGGCUAAGAUGUAUGAGGACUACCAGCGUCAGGAGGAGGAGAACAUUAAGAAGGGGAGGAAGGGUCUGGUCAGCACCAUCUCAGGCCUGCAGGACCUCCAGGCCGGGGGCAUCCAGGGGAACAUGGAGAUCAGAGAGGUAGACGACCACUCUCAGACACAGACCCCGGAGAGCGAGGCCGACUACCCCGAGACUCCUGGCCACCCCCGGGACAUACUGUCGGAGGCGAAGACGGGGAAGGAGGGGGGGCUCGAGGGGACAGAGAGGACGGGGUCAGGGGUCAGAGUGGAGGUUCAUGACCUGCUGGUGGACAUCAAGGCUGAGAAGGUGGAAGCCACGGAGGUGAAGCUGGAGGACCUGGACCUGUCUCCAGAGCCGCUGGGCGUGACAGUGGGUGUGGCUGGGGGUGUUGUCUCUGAGGACAGGGGCGGGGCGUUGGUCCAGGUGGACUCCCUAUUGGACAACGUGUACUGUGCUGCUGUAGAGAAGCUGAGCAGCAGCGCCGCCAGCGGAGUAAUGGUCCCCAACGCAACCGUCGGUGUAGCCCCCGACAACCACAACACCGGUCCCCUCAUCACCCUCGCUGACGACGACAAGGACAGUCUCCCUAGCAACAGCAGCUUCCUGUUUGGCCAGGAAGAGCCCCUGGUCCUGCCAAGUCCUGGUUCUAACCCUGAUCCAGACCCCGAGUCCCCUUUGCCCCUGGGCCACAGCCAUGACCUGGGCCUGCUGGACCACAUGACUGGCAGCUCUGAGCUGGGGACCGUUGGCAUGGUCGGCACGGUCAGUCCUGGUGGUCCGAUCAGCAGCAUCCUGGAGGAGGAGAGGUUGAAGCUCCAGACCACCCUGGGUGACGUCACCUCCAUGCCCAGGGAAGAGGCCUGCUCUAAGGGGUCAGAGUUCACAGAGACCAGGGUUGGAGCUAGGGCUGGAGGGUCUGGGUUGUCGGAGGCGUGCGAGCCCUUGGCUGGUGGGAAAGGUAGUGGGUCAGAUGCAGUCAGGAACACCUCAGACACAGAGAGGUCAGACGAAGGAAAGGAGGUUAAGAAGAUACAGACCACUGCUACUACACAGUCCCUUCAUAGUCGUACAGCAGCCCAGUUAGAGCGUGACCUGCGUGUGGACCUGGGCUUCAGAGGGAUGCCCAUGACAGAGGAGCAGCGCCGCCAGUUCAGCCCUGGCCCUCGCACCACCAUGUUCCGCAUCCCAGAGUUCAAAUGGUCGCCCAUGCACCAGCGCCUCCUCACCGACCUGCUGUUGGCCCUGGAGACAGACGUCCACAUCUGGAGGAGCCAUUCAACCAAAUCCGUCAUGGAUUUUGUCAACAGCAAUGAGAACAUCAUCUUUGUCCACAACACCAUCCACCUCCUCUCUCAGAUGGUAGACAACAUCAUCAUCGCCUGUGGAGGGAUCCUUCCUCUGCUCUCUGCUGCCACCUCUCCUUCUAGUACCCAGGCUGAGUUGGAGAACAUCGAGGCGACCCAGGGCAUGUCUUCAGAGAUGGCUGUGUCCUUCCUGUCCCGUCUGAUGGCCAUGGUGGACGUUCUGGUGUUCGCCAGCUCACUCAACUUCUCUGAGAUCGAGGCUGAGAAGAACAUGUCCUCUGGAGGCCUGAUGAGACAGUGUCUUCGACUGGUGUGUUGUGUAGCAGUGAGGAACUGUCUGGAUGUUAGACAGAGACAGAGGGACAGAGGGACCAACAGUAAAAGCCAGGACAACCUGUAUGGUGCAGCAUCUGCCAACAAGGUAGAUCUCCUACAGCAGAAAAUGUCUCAGUAACUUUCUCCCAUCCAGGACCCUGACAGACUUCUACAGGACGUUGAUAUCAAUCGUCUGAGAGCUGUCGUGUUCCGGGAUGUGGAUGACAGCAAGCAGGCCCAGUUCUUGGCCUUAGCGGUGGUCUACUUCAUCUCUGUCCUCAUGGUGUCAAAGUACKGGGACAUCCUGGAACCACAGAGAGAGACCAACAGGAUGAUCAGCCAAUCAGCAUACAGCAUUCGCCACGAGAUCAACUCAUCUACCAGCACAGAGACCCCCCUGGCGUACCCUGACCAAAGUAAGGAGCCCCCCACCCCUGUAGAGGAGCUCCACAUAGAGAGAGGCUGUCUGCCGCACACUGACUCUGGCAUUGGAGAGGAACAGAUGGCCAGUGUGUUAAACGGGGCAGACUUGGACACUUCAGGACCUGGGCGAGCUGACGCCAUGUCCUCCCUGCUCGGCAGCCUCUCCUCUGGGGAGAAGCAUAGCCAAGAGUCCCUCUUGGAGCCGCCUGGCCUGGAGGUCCUAAGGACCACCUCCUCCAUCUCCUCCAUCAGCCAAUCAAACAUCAACGUACGAAAAAUCCUGAAGAGCUUAGUGGCUGGGCCUGUAGAGGGGGUGGAACCUGGACCAGAGCCCCUCCCCUACCCUGAUCUUGCCGUACAGAGAGAGACCCAUUCCCCCAUGCUGCCCAUGCAGUUCCACUCCUUUGACAGGAGUGUGGUGGUCCCAGUGAAGAAGCCUCCACCAGGCAGUCUGGCUGUGAACACGGUUGGACAUGCAUCCUCCAGCAGCCUGGCAACAGGCUCCACCCCCAACAUCUUUGUUGCAGCCUCCAACACCCCCAAGAGCAUGAUCAACACCACCGGAGCUACAGACUCGGCCUCCUCUUCCUCCACCUCCUCCUCAUCCUUCGUCAACGGGGCCACCAGUAAGAACCUGCCCGCUGUCCAGCCGGUGGCGCCCAUGCCUGAAGACACAAUGGAAAACAUGAGUAUCACUACUAAGUUGGAGCGUGCGCUGGAGAAGGUGGCCCCCCUGCUCAGGGAGAAUUUUGUGGACUUUGCGCCGUUCCUCUCUAGGACCCUGUUGGGAAGCCAUGGUCAGGAGCUGCUCAUAUGAAGGUUUGGUGUGUAUGAAGUCCAGCACGUCCGUAGUAGAACUAGUCAUGCUGCUCUGCUCUCAGGAGUGGCAGAACUCGAUCCAGAAAAAUGC